CUCCCCGGCAACCGCGGGGCGGAGCCCGUUGGGCAUCGGUGCUGCCGGCGGCCGGGCCUCAGGCCGGAGAUGAGGAUGAAGAGGCAGCCGCCCGAGGAGGCGGGGACCCCGCCCCUGGAAGGCCGCCCGCGGGUCCUCAAGCUGGGAGAGACCUUUCGGCGGAGGCCAAGCUGCGCCUUCCACACCGUGCACUAUGACUUCAAGCCGGCGUCCAUCGACAUAUCUUCUGAGGGCUACCUACAGUUGGGUAGAGGGGAGGAAGUAACGAUUGCACUCCCGAACAUUGAGGGGUCAGUCCUGCCCUUCACCAUUUUCAAAGGCUCCAAGAAGUCGUACCCGAGGGACUGCAUCCUCAUCCUUAACCACGAUAAUGGGGAAUGUAUCCUGGAGAAGCUGAGUGGUAACAUCUCUGUGAAGAAAAUCAGAACCGAAGAGAUCAGCCAGGUUCAGUCUCAGAUCAUUCACUUCCACAACCACCACCACCACCACCACCACCAUCAUCCUCAGCGGCAGCCCCAGGAACAGGAAAUGCAGCAACGGCUAGUGCCGCAUCAGGAAAUGUGCCAUCUGCAGCAGGAGGAAAUGGCCCACCAGCAGCAACUACUGCAGCAGCAGGAAAUGUACCGUUGGCAGCAACAAAUGCACCAGCAGCAGCAACAAAUGCAGCAGCUGCUACUGCAACAGCAAAAAAUGCAGCAGCAGCAGCAGCAGCAGCUACUACAACAGCAGGAAAUCCAAAGUAUCUGCGAGACUCAGUACGGUGAAAAAAUGUAUUCCCACCAGGAGAAAGGGUCUCCAGCAUCUCCCCUGGAUGAUGCUGAAGAUAUUGAAAGAGAACUGAUGGUGGAGGCGAGCAUGACGGACCAGGGGAACUCGGACAGCUCGUCUUGGUCGGACUGCAGGAGCCCGUCGCCGUCGGGCUCGACCAGUGAAGACGGUGGGGCCAGCAGCUCUGAGGAUGAGGAGGCCCUGCCGCCGCACUCCAGCCCGGUCCGGUUCCCACAGCAGCGGCGCCCCCCGCCCCCGCUGCCAUGCCGCAGAGUCCCGGACCUGAACUCUGACCCGGACCCUUACUGGAGCCGGUGCCAGGGGGACGGGAGUUCGGCCACACCCGAGCUCCGAAGAGACCCGCAGCUGAGCGACAGCGACUACUGAGACCCUGCCCCCUCCCGCCCUCGAGGCCAGAAUCCAAGCACUCCCUUGCCACGACAUCCUGAUUGAGCCUUGGAGGGCGCUGGUCCCGGGGGUCUCCCUCUGGGGGCUGUGGAAACCAUGCUUUGACUGAGGCUUCACCCACUCUGGGACUGAGAAUAGCACGGCUGAGACCAGUUCCAGGCUCCAGGGACUGGGCCUGGGUUCUUGGCCAUGUUGCUGGGCUCAGAGUAAAAUCUUGGUUUAUGUUUGUA